AUGGCGGCGCCCGCCGGUGCGGUAGAGGCGGAGGAAGGUCCGGCUUUGGGGAGGCUGGAGGAGGAGGCGCGGCGGCGGCGGGAGAGGCUGCGGGCCCUGCGGCAGCGCACGCUUCAGAAUAAGGACAGCGGCGAACGUGAGAACAAGCAGCUCGGAGAAGAUGACGAAGAGGAGGCCGUCAAGCACAAGCCUGAAUUAUUCAGGAGAGGUGUAAAAAGAAGAGCCUUGAAAAGGGGGAGAAUUAGCAUCUGAAUAUCGGGGAGGGAGCUCAAACUGCGAAACUACGAGCCUGAAGAUGAGGAGCUGAAGAAGAGGAAGGUCCCCCAGGCCAAGCCAGCCUCAGUGGAAGACAAGGUGAAGGACCAGCUGGAGGCCGCUAAGCCGGAGCCCAUCAUCGACGAGGUGGAUCUGGCAAACCUGGCCCCCAGGAAGCCAGACUGGGAUUUGAAGCGAGAUGUAGCCAAGAAACUGGAGAAGCUGGAGAAGAGGACGCAGAGAGCCAUCGCUGAAUUGAUACGAGAGCGGUUGAAAGGGCAGGAGGAGGAGCUGGCGUCCGCUGUCGGGUCAGCAAAGCAGGAGGGAAGUGAUUCCGACUGAGGAGGUUCAUCCGGCAGCCUCGGGCACGGGCUCUGCGGAUCUGCCUCUGCCAGCACCACCCAGCCCAUUGCUCUCAGGUGGAGGCACCUCGUUGGGACACGCUGCUCACCAACGCUUUGCCAGAAGCCCGUGGAUCCUACCAUGCCUGAAGGAGAGGGGCAGAUCCGAGGAGCCCUGCUGUUCUUUCUUGGACUACGGCUGUUCCUCUGUUGAGGAACACUUCACAGAUAGCUUUUUGGCACCACGGGGCGCUGAGGGGAGCUAGACAGACACCCAUGUUAGCUUGAACCUAGGCUACCAGGACUCAGAGCAAGGAAGGUGUGGGCAAAAGGGCUAGUGCCAGAGCUGGUAAAUCCAGGCUAACUCUCCUCUCACUUGCUGGGUGAGCAAGCAGAUGCCCACACAGCCUACAGCAGCCCUUAGAGAGGUGCUGGCAUUUCCCAGGGGCCUGAUGUAACUGCCGGUGUAACUGCCACGUGGGGAAACAACGAGGGCUCUCGCUCCGGAGAGCUGGCUGUGAGUAUUUGAGAGUAUCCGUGGUCAGACCCAGCACAUGCAGAAUAACUCUGCUGGAAGGGGCUGUGUGGCUCAGGACCUGUUGGCUGCUCUGUGUCCAGCUGAGGUUAAUGUGGGGUUUGUUCUGUUCCCCAA